CUAGAAAUACUUGUAUUUUGUACCUGUUUUGGCAUAAAUCUAUUACAUAAGUGACAAGUGGCAGUUUCGUUAAUACCGAUUUCAACCACGUGAUUAUAAUCCAUUGUAAAUCAGUCAGAUCAACAGUAACCGAGAUCGGAACUCUGAAAUACAGCUAACCAGUACAAUUACAAAACCUACAGCUAACCAGGACUUAGAGAAUCAGAAAACACGAUCGGAUACGCCACAGAAACCGAAUAAAUAUAUCUUUACACAUCGUUGGAUUGUUAUACGGUUUGUGGCGAAAUCCUCACGGGAACCUAACGCAACAUUACAUUCGAUUUCUUGGAUCUCCUAUUGGUAACGAGAAGGAUUGAUGUCAGAAGGAAUCAGAAGAUUUGAACAUGACUACUGAAGAGGAGUUGAAACAACGAAAGAUAGAUCGCAGGACUGCGAAAGCAUCGCUAACACGACAAGGGAAGGCUGUAAAUAACGUAAUAGUUGGAAAUCGACCUGGGCCAGAAGUAAGUAACGCCCUCGUUAAAUAUCAGGAAUGUUUCGAACAGUUGGUAGAUACGCACGAUCAAUAUGUAAAGCUGAUCGAAAGCGAGGAACAGUUUGAACAGGAAGAGGAGUGGUUAGGAAGCUGCCAGGAAGAUUUUAUGGAAAUAGAAUUCCGCGCUAAAGUUUAUCUUGAUUCAAAAGCUAUUAUCAAUAAGGGGAAAGGGCCUAAAUCUGUUGGGGUUGAAGUUGGAAGCAUUUCAACAGAAAAACCAGACUGAAGUAAAAUUAUGAAUGGAAUGCUCGGAAUAUCCGGUACGGCAAACACAGAAGAACAAAUUGACGUUGACAAGCACCAGAUCACAAACAAGGCUAGUACAAGUAGCUUUGAAGAGACAAUUACAGCAGGAACCACGGGCGGUACACAGGACCAACAAGCAGCACAGGAAACUUUGACGUGUAGUUUCAAAACGGAGAAACCUAAGCUUCCUAAAUUUUCAGGGGAUGUAAAGGAAUAUGUCAUUUUUAAGUCAGAUUGGAAUCACAUUAUCUACAAGAGGUAUAUGAAACGCGAUGCAAUGACACUUUUACGCGCAAGUUUAACAGAUAAACCACUGGAGCUAAUUAAAGGCAUAGGGACGGAUUAUGACGCAGCUUGGGAGUACCUGGACGCUAUUUAUGGAGACCCCCGUGUUGUUUCAGAUAGCGUGACACAAGAUAUCAGUAAAUUCAAAGCGUUGCAAGACGGAGAAGAUUCGCGCUUCUGUGAGCUUGUACACCUAGUAAGGCGAUCGUACAACACGCUGAAGGAAGUUGGUCUUUCAGGGGACGUGGACAACAGUCACAUGUUGUCUGUUAUUGAGCGCAAGAUGAGUGCUGAUGAUCGGAAAGUAUGGUCGCGCGAGCUCGAACGUGAUAAAAAAACAGCGACUCUAGAAGGGCUGUUACAGUGGAUGACGUCGGAAAUGAAGUCAAGAAUGAGAGCCACCGCAGCGGUACGCAGCGGCAAUACUACAUACCGAGGAGGAGUUUAUCAGUUCAAGGCUGACGAGCAGGAGAACCCCCGAUUUAAAUGGCACUGCAAAAAUUCAGAGCACUGGCCAGACCAAUAUCCAAAGUUUGCGGCACUGACAUAUGAAAAGCGCAUGAAAACAGCCAAAGAAAAUCACGUGUGCUUCAGUUGCCUGAAAGUGGCCGGCCGCAAUCACAAAGCUUCCACCUGUAGCAGGAAAAAAGUAUGCAACAAGUCCGAAAACGGCGAACAUUGCCAGGCAUUCCAUCAUCCUUUGCUACACAAGACAAUUCCUGUAAGCGUCGGAACGGCUCUUGAAAGCGAAAAUACAAGCGUCAUCCUACCAGUGUUGACAGCGAACAUCCACGGACAAAAGCAAGCUAACGUUCUGCUAGAUACCGGAGCACAAAUAAGUUUAAUAAGGAAUGACACCGCGGAUUUACUAGGCUUAGUCGGAAAGGAUACGUACAUCACUAUCACCAAAGUAGGGGGAGAAGACAAGAGUAUGAAAACGAAGGUUUAUAAAGUUCCUGUUUGUUCCAAUGGAAGAAGCAAGUAAAAGCACAGUACAGUAAAAGCUAUCGGCUAUCGUAAGAAGCACAGUAAAAGCUAUCGGCAUCGACAAAAUCAGCGACGACGUGAAGGCGGUAGAAAUGAAAAGCAUUGCAAAGCACUUGGGUCUGGAAAAUGAACGAAUCCGCCGUGGAAAAAGGCCGCGUAGAUCUGCUUAUCGGAAUUGACCAUGCCCAGCUACACACGGGACCAUCGAAACAAUCAGACAAGCUCGUAGCGCGCAAUACGCCUUUGGGAUGGGUAGUAUUUGGAGGCAGUGCAGCCGACACGGAGAAAGUCAGUCAAGUGUACCACGUGGCUCUUGCGCCACACCUGGACCUAGCGACAUCCUGGAAAACGGAGUCAAUGGGAGUUGAAGUCAAACCGUGCGUCUGUGAGGCUGAUAAGCUAAGUCAAGUGGAACGCGAAGAGACGGAAGUGAUUAGUAACUCGUGCAGAAAAGUCGGAAAUCAAUGGGAAAUCCCGUACCCGUGGAAAAAGGAUCCGAGUCAGCUCCCAGACAACAAACCAGCUGCAGUAAAAAGGUUGGAAGCGACAGAAAGGCGUCUGUUAAAAAACCCGGAUCACGCUGUCGCCUAUAACAAGCAAAUGGAAGAAAUGUGUGAGAUGAAUUUCGCAAGGAAGCUAACAGAAGAAGAAGUUAAAAGUUACCAGGGACCAGUGCAUUAUAUCAGCCAUCACGGGGUGGCACGGCCAGAGAGUGACAGCACCCCCCUGAGGAUUGUGUUUAACACGUCAGCAACCUACCAAGGGCAUGCAUUGAACGACUACUGGAUGAAGGGACCGGACUUACUGAACGACCUGUUCGGUGUACUUUUAAGAUUCCGGGAGGGGCAAUGUGCGGUGAUCGGUGACCUGUCAAAAAUGUACCAUAGAAUACUAAUCCCGGAAGAAGACCAGCACGUACAUCGUUACUUAUGGAGAAAUCUGGAGACAGAAAGACCGCCAGAUGUAUUUGUUAAGACGGUCCUUACGUUCGGAGACAAACCAGCACCCGCGAUGGCCCAAAUCGCGCUACGUAAAACAGCUGAAGAAGGCGAGAAGGAGUACCCAGAAGCGGCCAAAGUGCUAAAGGAAAACACGUACAUGGACGACAUCUGUCACUCAGAAGAAACCCCAGAUAAGGUGCAACAACUGGUAAAAGACCUGGGCAAAGUGCUACAGAACGGUGGAUUUCAUGUAAAGAAAUGGCAACGAGCGAAAGUGCAAAGGACGACGACGCCGCCGAGCUAGACCUGUUAAAGACAGAACACGAAGAGAAAGUCCUUGGAAUCGCGUGGGACAGUAAGACUGAUGUGUUGCGGCUUAAAGUACAGAAGCAAUCUCACAGCACUUCAGACGGAAAAGAGAAGGGUCCAUGGACCAAGAGAAAGAUCCUUAGCCGCGUAGCACGCCUAUAUGGUCCAAUAGGAUACACAGCAGCAGUCGUCAUCAAAGCUAAGAUCGGAAUUCAGAAGUUAUGGCAGCUAGGCUAUGAGUGGGAUCAACCUAUAGAGCCCCCGCUUGCACAGACAUGGGAAGCGUUCUUCGCAGAUCUAGACGAGCUUAAUAAGAUAGAGCUCCCGAGAUGUCUCACUCCACCAAACGCAGUUGGCCUGCCAACACUCUGCAUAUUCUCGGAUGCAGCGAGAGAAGCCUUUGGAGCAGUUGCAUAUUUGAGAUGGCAGGCAAGCGUUGGGUCGUAUGAAGUGAGAUUUGUAGCAGCCAAAUCAAGAGUCGCCCCACUCAAGGAGUUAACAAUUCCAAGGCUAGAGCGCCAAGCAGCAGUACUGGCAGCAAGAUUGCACCAGACCCUACAAGAGGAACUUCGCAUAGAAUGUGAAAAGGCUAUCCUGUUUACUGACAGUAUGAUUGUUUACUCAUGGGUAAGAGGGUCUCCGAGGAGUUUCAAGCCCUUUGUAUAUGCGAGAAUAAGUGAAAUCCAAGACAAGACCGACCCAAACUAGUGGCGCCACAUCCCCGGAAGUGCAAAUGUUGCUGAUGACGUCUCUCGAGGCCUAUCGGUUCAAGAACUCAAGGGAAGGUGGACCCAAGGCCCAGCCUUUCUACAGAGCAAUGAAGAUGAAUGGCCACAGGAAGCCAAGUAUCAGGAACCAGAUAACGAGUCCGACCAAUCGGAGAGACGAAAGGAGAAAGUAUGCGCAGUGACAGGAAGAGCAGAAGAGGCGAUCGAUGUCAGCAAGUUCUCGGAAUGGAGAAGACUCGUCCGUGUAACAGCUAGAAUUCAAAGGCUGGCAGAGAAAAUCAGGUUGCGAAAGUAUGAACAAGAAGGAAGGCAAGGCCCCUUGGCGCCAGAAGAACUGAAAAAGGCGGAAGAACACUGGAUAAAGAAGAUGCAAGAUACACUUUACGGUCGUCACGAGAAAGGCGAAUUCGCGCCGUUAUCCCCGUUUGUCGACGACAAAGGCAUCAUCCGUGUCGGCGGACGUGUGGAUGCAGCGUUAGUAUCAUAUGACACCAGGCACCCUAUUCUGUUGCCAAGCGACCACCGAGGAGCCCUACUGAUAACGCGUCACGUCCACAAACAUGGACAUCUCGGAGUCGCCGCCACCACAGCAAAAAUCAGAGCCAAGUACUGGAUCGUCAAGGGCAACAAGCUGAGUAAGAUUGUGAAGAAGGAAUGUGUGUUCUGUAAACGACUAGCCCACCAGACAGAGACACAGAUAAUGUCAGCCCUACCUCAGCUCCGGCUAGCGCCCUACACCCCACCGUUUUUCCACACAUCGUGCGACUAUUUUGGUCCUAUCAAUGUCCGGAUCGGCCGAAACAAGUCCGACAAGUAUUAUGGAGUAAUCUUCACGUGUCUGAAUACAAGAGCUGUGCAUUUGGAGAUGGCCGUUGACCUCUCCACCAUGGAUUUCCUACAGGUCCUCCGCCGAUUCUUCUCGAUCAGAGGAUACCCAGCCACAGUGUUAAGUGAUAACGGCAGCCAAAUGGUCGGCGCAGAAAGAGAGCUGCGAGAACUAAUCAAGGGUCUAAACGACGAUCAGCUGCGCCAAUUCAACGCGGAAAAGGGCAUAAGGUGGAUCUUCAUCACCCCAGGCGCACCUCACCAGAAUGGCUGCGCGGAAGCGUUAGUCAAGACAUGCAAGACGGCCCUCAAGAAAGCAGUUGGCGAACAGACCCUCACGCCAAUGGAGCUAUACACAUGUCUACUUGAAGCUGGAAACUAAGUGAACCAGAGGCCGAAAGGACGCAUCCCUAAUGACCCAGACGACGGGAAGUACCUCUGUCCAAAUGACAUACUGUUAGGCCGGGCCCCCUCAGACGUACCCCAAGGUCCAUUCAGAGAGACCCCCAACCCGCGGCAGAGAGUUGAAUUCGUCCAGAGGAUCGUCGAGUCCUUCUGGAAACGAUGGCAUCGAGAUGUGUUCCCGGUACUUGUGCCAACAAAGAAAUGGCGCUCAGAAAUCCGGAACGUGAGCAAUGCACUGAGAGGAAAGUGGAGCACCGGAAGAGUAACUGAAGUUUAUCCCGGGCCUGACGGCAAGGUGCGCAACGUCAAAGUACAAACAGCGACCGGAAAGUACAGUCGUCCAGUCACCAAGAUUGCUGUGAUCCAGGCUGCAGACGAAAAGCUACUGUAGAUUGAUAAGGACUACGCCCUUAUGGGGCGGAGAGUGUUUCGGCAUAAAUCUAUUACAUAAGUGACAAGUGGCAGUUUCGUUAAUAUCGAUUUCAACCACGUGAUUAUAAUCCAUUGUAAAUCAGUCAGAUCAACAGUAACCGAGAUCGGAGCUCUGAAAUACAGCUAACCAGUACGAUUACAAAACCUACAGCUAACCAGGACUUUGAGAAUCAGAAAACACGAUCGGAUACGCCACAAAAGUAAGUUUAAUUUGUGAGUUUGAAUAACUCUAAAUAAGCUUUGAUUCCAUGCGAUCAAUGUAAAUCAAAUAACUUUCAUUCAUUCUAGAUCGAAUAAAUAUAUCUUUACACAUCGUUGGAUUGUUAUACGGUUUGUGGCGAAAUCCUCACGGGAACCUAACGCAACAGUACCUCAGUAUAAAAUAAACCGGACUCCUUCUAAAAUGAUUACUUCAGUCAAGCGCUUGUAUACCACUGUCAAAUCUUUUUUUUUUUUGUGGCGAAGGGCGGAAAUUCUAGAAUUUAAUUUUGGGCUCCCUUUGCACAGACGACUUCGCGGAUCUAUCUAUCUAUAAAAUAACGACUCAUCCUAAAACCAUUACUUCAGUCAAGUGCUUGUAUACCACUGUCAAAUCAUUUUUUUGUGGAGAAGGGUAGUCUCCCGCACAGCCGUUCUUUGUGUCGGUCACGCAACGCUUCCAUCCCACAAUGAACGGCUGCGCGGGAGACUAGGCGAAGGGCGGAUAUUCUAGAAUUUAAUUUGGGGCUCCCUGUGCACAGACGACUACGCGAAUCGUGGGAGAUAGCUGUUGUUGCCGAGACAGUUGAGCCCGAGGAAGUUUAAUUUCCGAGCAAAGAAAAGCAAAACGGAAAGGUGGAUACAUAUUUACCGGAUAUCAAGACGACUACGCGAAUCGUGGGAGAUAGCUGUUGUUGCCGAGACAGUUGAGCCCGAGGAAGUUUAAUUUCCGAGCAAAGAAAAGCAAAACGGAAAGGUGGAUACAUAUUUACCGGAUAUCAAGACGACUACGCGAAUCGUGGGAGAUAGCUGUUGUUGCCGAGACAGUUGAGCCCGAGGAAGUUUAAUUUCCGAGCAAA